AUGCGUUUCAACUACAUCUUUGCCCUCCUUUCCCUUGGAGGUGUUGCUAUUGCGGCUCCUGUUGCCGCCGAGGCCGAAGCCGCUGCAGCUGAGGGUGGUAUCGGUUCUGGAAGUGGUUUUGGUCUCGGAAUUGGUAGUGGCAGCGGCGGCGGUGGCGGUCUUGGUGCCGGCUAUGGAAGUGGAGGUGGACUCGGUGCCGGUGCUGGUAGCGGCUAUGGCAGUGGAAGUGGAAUUGGUGCUGGAGGCGGUUCGGGUUCAGGCUUCGGCUUGGGCGCUGGUGGCGGUGGUGGCAUUGGCAUCGGCAUUGGAGAGGGCUCUGGGGAAGGUGGUGGUGCUGGCUACGGAGAAGGGUCUGGAGCUGGCUUUCGCAAGUAA